CUGAUGCCCGAAAAUUUUAUAUAUAAAGAUCUUGAAUCGUAUUCUGAUUUAAUUUUUGAAAUUUCAUUUGCAAAAUUUUAUCAAAUCGUGAAUAAUAUUUUCAAACAAUGUCUGACAAAGAAUCAUUGUGGAAACGAUGUCGUCAAAUGGAAGCACAGGAAAAUUUUGGUGAAGCUUUCAAAUGUGCCUUAUACCUGCAACGAAUGAACCCGAAUGAUGAAGAGGUGAUCGAAACUUUGCGCCGAUUGAAUGAAAAAAUACAAAAACUAUCCCAAGAGGCAAAUUCAACUGAAAAUCGUAUGAAAAAGACGCUGCAAUAUUUAAAAGAUGAAACCGAAGAUGACGAUAAACGUAUUGGUGCUGCCAAUAAUCUCAUCGCUUUAGUUCGGGAAAAUAGUGGCCGACAAUUGUUUAUCGAACAGAAGGGAUUUGAUUUGCUUGUCUCGUUGCUGAAGAACAACAAAGUAUUGUACGAUAUUCGUCUGGCUUUGGUACGUGUUUUGACUCAGAUUAUUGAUUCCAGUAUAGAAUUAGCUAAGCUUGUAUAUUCAAACAUUGGAAUCGAUUUCCUAAUUGAUAUAAUGUCGCAACAAAAAAAUGAUGAAUUCCUCAUUGCAUCUCAAAGUGCCAUACAAAGUUUGCUCACACAAUUCAGCGGUUUCAGUGCCAAAGAUAAUCAAAAAAUUGACCAAGAAAGAGCAAAAAAGUAUGAACAACAAAUUGAUACAAUAAUGGCAUCAUUGUUACAACGGAUUAAUCAACGUACUAUGACGGCUAAAUGUCGUGAUUGUCUACUUGAAUUAUUAAUGGUCAAUAUCGAUCCUGACGCCAUCGAUUGGGGUAAAAAAUUAAUUAAAGGAGAUGGCCUAUCGAAACUAUUGGAAGUUGCCAGCGAAUUAGUUGAAAUUCGUUAUGAAAGCAGUAUGCCGAUCACUGUCGAUACACGAACACAUGUUGCAUUAGUAUUGGAAAAAAUAUACAUUUGUAUGAAUUGUGACAAAUCACGAGAUGAAUUUCGUACAAAAACGAUGGAAUUUUUGAAUGAUCAUCUUCGAGGUCCGGAUAUUGAAAGUAAAGUUCGUGCAACAGCCGCUAUUACGGCUCUUUUAAAUGGUCCCAUCGAUGCUGGCAAUCAUUGUCUGUCACAAGCUGGUAUUGUAGAAAUGAUGCUUGCUAUGGCUAAUUCUGGUGAUGUUGUUCAACAAUGUGUUGCUGCUGAAGCUUUAAUUGCUGCUACAGUUAAAAAAGAUAAAAGCGAAACUAUUGCACGUGAGGGAAUGGGCAUCCUAAAGGCAUUAUUCCGAUCGGAUAAUCCGAAAAUUAAAGUUAGAGCUUUAGUUGGUCUUUGUAAACUUGGUUCAGUUGGUGGUACUGAUGCAUCUACACGUGUAAUAUCGGAUGAAUCAACUAUGGAGCUUUAUAAAGCUUGUUGUGAUCUCUUGAAAAUCGGCGAUAAUUCUACUGAUCAUAAUCAAAACAAAUCAGAAGAUAUACGCAAAUGGGCUGCUGAAGGUAUAGCGUAUCUUUCGUUGAAUGCCGAUGUUAAGGAAGCAUUAUGUAAAGAUCCGAAACCAUUGGAACAAUUGAUCGAACUUGGCAAAAGUGGUGAAUUAUCCUGCCUUUUCGGUGUCAUAACAACAUUUGUCAAUCUAACUAAUAGUUAUGAAAAGCAAGAAGUAAUCCCGGAAAUGAUUGAAUUGGCUAAAUUUGCUAAACAACAUGUGCCAGAAGAGCACGCAUUGGAUGCUAAACAAUAUGUUGAUGUUCGUUGUAAAGUUUUGGCCGAGCAUCAUGUUACCUCGGCAUUAGUUGCCUUAUCAAAAACUCAAGCCAAAACUAGUCGCGAAAUGAUUUGUCGAGUGUUUAAUGCCAUCUGUGAACAUGUUAAUCUUCGUGGUUAUGUCGUCCAAGAAGGUGGUGUUCGUGUAUUGAUUCGUUUAGCUUUGGAAAAUAAUACGUUGACUGGGAAACGUCUUGCCGCACAAGCGAUGGCACGAAUAGCUAUCACCAAUGAUCCAAGUCUAGUGUUUCCAGGACAAAGAGUAAUUGAAGUUGUUGGACCGAUCAUGGAACUUUUGCAUCCGGAAUGCAGUGCCUUACAAAAUUUCGAGGCAUUAAUGGCACUUACAAAUCUUGCACAAAUGAGUGUUCAAUUACGGAGUCGUAUUAUUAAGGAUGGUGGUUUUAGUCGUAUCGAACAAUACCUCUAUGAAGAUCAUCAAAUGCUCAAAAGAUCCGCCGCACAAUGCAUUGCAAAUCUAAUUCUUGCCGAUUCUGUUGUGAAAUUAUUCGAAGGUGAUAAUGAUCGUAUCAAAUAUUUCGUUAUUCUUUGUGGUGAUGAAGAUCUGGAUACCGCAUCUGCUGCAGCUGGUGCCCUAGCAAUGCUAACAUCUAUUUCCAAGAAAUCAUGUCAAAAGAUUCUCGACUCGAAAGAUUGGCAGCAGUAUUUGAUGCAAUUAAUUUCAAGCAAGUACCCGGAAUUACAACAUCGUGGAGUCGUUAUCGUACAUAAUAUGAUUUCAUCAAAUGGUGAUUGUGCAAGAAAGAUUAUCGAGUGUCCAAUAUUGGAAUGUCUAAUGGCUAUUACACAACCCGGUAUUAUCGAAACAACCGAUACGGUCAAAGAAAUCGCUAAAGCAUCACUGAAACGUGCCGAACAGCUGAAAUUAAUCAAACACGUUGAAGAUAUGAAGAUACAGCAAGAAGACAGCGAAGACUUGGAACGUGAAAUUUAAUAUUCACCAAAAAAAUAUUUAUUUAAUUUUUUUUAUUAAUUUUUAAGGUUUACAAUUUUUAUUACAAUAAAAUGAUUUAUUAUAUGAUAUAA